CUUCGCGGAGCUCUGUGAUCGGUGAGAACGCGUCUGUACACUCGCCGCUCUGACUCGAGAGCCUCUCUGAACUGCCCGGGAGUGACCGGGAGUCACACGGUUUUAGUGCGUGCUGAUAGCACACCUGGCUGAGAGGGCACACGUGAAAGAAAGAAGUUUGUCCUCUCAGAACAAAGACUUGUUGUUAGUGCAGUACAUCUUCCUGAACAGCUUCCUUUCCAGCUGAAUCAUGCCAGAAAAGGGUACCGAGAGAGCGGAGGACAGCUCUGCCACUGCUGACAGCAGCAAUGGAGAACAUUCAGCCUUCUCUGCUGAGGAGAGAGCACUACCUGAUGACCUCCUGAAGAGCAGCAGUAAGUUCAUAAGCCUUUAUGAAGAACAUCAGCCUGAACUCCAACAGAUUAUCAACCAGAUGUUAAUAUGGACUGAUGAGUUUUUAGAGGUUUUUAUCAAUGCAGCUAAAUUGUGUAGAGGAAGGAGAAUAGCUGCAGCAGUAGGAGCUGGACUUGGAGUAGGAGUAGGAGUUGGGGCUAUAGGUGCAUUUCUGGCUGCCAUCUCUGGUGCUCUAGACUGGUAUACCAGUACACCAGCAUUAGAGACUAUGGUGAUAAGUGCAGUUGGGACUGGAGCUUUAACAACUGUGGGUGUAUUAACAGUGUUUCCUGGUGACAAAAACAAACAGAAAAAACUUUUAAUGGAAGCAGAGACAACUCUGGAAAUAUUCAUCAUGACAGCUGAUAGAGUCAUCAGCCCUCUGAACAACAUCUGUAAGCAUGUUGAGAAGAUGCUGCAGUAUCACAAUGAUGAUGCUGUCAGAAAGAGUGCAGGUGUUUUAUCAGAGCUUGCUGAACUGUUUACACCACUGGAACUGCUGAGAUUGUCAGCAGUGGGAACGAGUGCUUUGGAAAUGGCAGAAAACAUCAAACAAUUUAUUUCUCCUCAACCCUUUAUGACCAAAGAUACCAAAACACUUAGAGACGUCAGUAAACUGAAACUCAUUUCCACAGUGCAGGAAGAAGAGCUGGAGUCAGACGCAGGACGGUUUGUGUGGAAGACGAGAAAACAGGUCAUGCAUUUGCAGGACAGUUUAAAUGAAAUGAGGGCAUUAAAAGCAGAAUUAGAGAAGAUGCUCAUACCAAAACUGAACAAGUACUUCAAACAGCAUAGAGUAACACAUGAAAGAGCAGAAACAGAAUGA